GGGCGAGGACGAGAUGCGGACACUGGGCAUCAUGGCGUCAGGCGCGAAGAACUCGCUGAGGCGGCGGGCCGGCUUCAGCCCCGCGCAGUGGGCGCUGGGGCGCGAUCCCAAGAUGCCCGCCGACCUGGUGGACGACGCGGCCAAAUACAGCGCCCGCAGUCUCGCCACCAAUGACGAGAAUAUUCGCCGCCGAUGUGCCAUUCGGACGGCAGCGCGCGAGUCGUUCAUGCGGAUGCAGAAUGACGACCAGCUGAGACGAGCUAUGCUGGCUCGCGCUCGCGCCGUGGCCACGCCCUUGUCAGUGGGCGAGAUGUGCUACAUUUUCCGCCACGUCAAGAAGAAGGAGCAGAAGGAGCAGCACAACCGCAACGCCAAGGAGGGCAUCUGGCGGGGGCCGUGCGUGGUCAUCGGUCACCAAGGCAACAACGCCUGGGCAUCGCUGGGAGGGCGCGCCAUGCUGGUGGCCCCGGAGCACAUCAAGGCGCUCGCUCCAGACGACGUCUGGUUCCCGAACGGUCGGGGCGAGAUCGGCCAGGCCGCGGCCGAGCUCAACGGGGCUCGCGACUCACUCGAGCUGGAGGAGGCCUCGUUGGAGGACAUCCGCCCCGAGCCGGGCAAGCCCGAGGUCCAGCCAGACGAGAUGGAGCAGGCGUGGCGGGAGUUCAUCGACAGCCCAGACGACGACGACCUGAGGCUGAACGUUCCUGAGGACCCGAAGCCCCAAGAGCAGAUCGAGGUGCUGCCCGCCGACCGGGCCGACAUGCCUCAGUCGGCCUUGGAGGGGCAGCCCUACGGCCCCGUCGAGUCGGCUCCCAGAGAAGCGACGCAGACCUCCAUCGUCACCGAGAGGAUCAAUCGCAAGCAAGCCGACAAGGAGAUCAACUGGAGGGCCAUCAAGGACUCCGACAGGGAGCUCUACCGAGAGGUGCUCACCAUCGAGGAGUCCGAGGCGGUCAGGGGCAAGGUCAAGACCAACCUCAUCUUGCCCAGCCCGUUUGUGCGCCGGGAUAAGAAUGCGCCGCCGCGGGCUGACAAGCACCCGCUGCCGGUCAAACCCAGUGCCCGACUCUGCGUCGGGGGUCGCAUGGGCCCGCGUCUCGCUCAGGACGUCCUGCGCACAGACGCGCCUACGGUCACCCGCAACUCGACUAUGCUGUUCUUCACCGUCUGCCAGAGGUUCGACCUGGAGAUAUAUGCAGCGGGCGUGGAGGCGGCUUUCAUGCAAGGCGACGAGCAGCCCGGCCAGCAGUUGCGCAUGGCUCAGCCCCGCGAAGCGCUGUACUACGGCUGCGACAAGCACGGGGGGCCAUGCGCGGUGGUGGUCGCCCACGUGGACGACCUGCUACUGAGCGUCUCGCCCAAGUACCCGACCCUGUACGACAGGCUCUACAAGCUUCCGCCGUGGGGCGACUGGAGGGGUGCCCUGCGCCUGCGCCAGACAGAGCGCGCGAACACGAUCGAGGAGAUCGCGCCCAGCAAGGAGCGAAAGACGGAGCUGUCGGCGGAGGCGACGCCCGCCGAGUUUUCGGACAACCGCUCCGCCCUCGGAGCGCUUGGAUGGCUCUCGCGUGGGUGGCUCUCAUCGCAGACUCGACCAGACCUGUCAGCUGGAGUGGCCAUGGGACAGUGCACCCAGUAG